UUCCUCUGACUGUGCUUAGCAUAUCUCAAUUUAGUCUAAGCUUAAGCCACACUUUAGUAGUAGUAACUAGCAACUAGCCUAAAAUGGAGGAAUAUUCACGCGAGCCUUGCCCCUUUCGCAUUGUGGAGGACUGCGGUGGCGCCUUUGCUAUGGGCGCUGUGGGCGGCGCGCUGUUUCAGGCCAUCAAGGGAUUUCGCAAUGCGCCCUGUGGACUGCAGCGUCGUUUGGCUGGCGGUUUGGCUGAGGUGCGCGCGCGUUCGGGUCUGGUGGGUGGCAGCUUUGCUGUUUGGGGCGGCACAUUUAGCGCUAUAGACUGCGCUUUGGUCUAUUGGCGUGGCAAGGAGGAUCCGUGGAACUCUAUCAUAAGCGGUGCAGCAACUGGCGGCGUGCUGGCUGCACGUGGCGGCUCCGCUGCCAUGCUCAGCAGCGCUUUGGUGGGUGGCGUGCUGCUGGCUUUGAUUGAAGGUGCUGGCAUUGCUAUAGCGCAUUAUUCGGCUGAUAACUAUCGCCAGAUAUCGGUUGUAGAUCGCAUGCAGCAUUACAAUGAGCGCCAGCAGCAGCAACAGCAGCAGCCAAAUCUGAGCAGCUUCUAUGUCGAACCGAAUGAGAGCAAUUCGAUGCCUGCUUAGCAAUCAGCAUUACGUCAUUCUACAGUGAAGCUUUGCCAUUUGAUUGAACGCAUCGUGUUUCAUUUAAAUUAAUGCAAACGCCCAAACAAAAGUAUUUUUGAAUUUUGUUUCUAUUCUAUUUAAUAAAGGCAGCCAAACUGUCCCAAAAUAAAGUACAGCAGCUAAUUUAAG